AUGGCACAUUUCUCCGUCGCAAAAUGGAUUGUAAUGCUAUUUUUUGUCUCGUCCGCAUCUGCACAACAGUGCGAUCAACCUGUGGACAGUGCACGCUUCGAUUGUCACCCUGAACCAUCUGUAUCACAACAAAGCUGUCUGGAUCGUAACUGUUGCUGGAAACCGAUCUUCUCACCGGCGAUUCGAUUGCUCAAAAAUCAUUCGACUAAUUAUUUUGAAGGCGUACCUUGGUGUUACUAUCCACGAGAUUUUCCAACAUAUCAAAUAAAGACUAAUGAAUCAACUAGUUUUGGUCAACGACUAACCAUUGUUAAACGACAAUCGACCUAUAUGCCGAACGAAAUUCUGAAUUUGACAGUUGAUCUUAUCUACGAAACAGCACAACGAUUUCGCCUACGAAUUUAUGAUUCAACGGAGAAACGUUUCGAAGUACCACUUCAAGUUCCUGCCAUUGAAACAAAAGCAAAUGCCACCGAUUACGAAGUUUCAUUGAGUCAAACACCAUUUGCCAUUCUUGUCAAACGGAAAUCGACACGUGGAAUAUUAUUCGAUUCCAGUGCAUCACCACUCAUCUAUGCAGAUCAAUUCAUCAAAUUUUCAAGCCAUUUAUCCAGUCCAUUUCUCUAUGGUCUUGGUGAACAUCGGCAACCGCUAUUGAUCAAUGUUACAAAUGAAUGGAGAAAGCUAACGUUUUGGGCUCGUGAUAUUGGUCCAGCUGAGGGUGUUAAUCUGUACGGUGUUCAUCCAUUUCACAUCAAUGUGGAAAUGAACCACAACAACACGCAAACCAAUUUUCAUGGACAAUUCUUUCUCAAUUCAAAUGCGAUGGAUGUUGACCUUCAACCAUUACCUGCCAUUACUUAUACAACAAUUGGAGGUAUCAUUGAUUUGUAUUUGUUUACUGGACCCACAGCUCAAGAUGUUAUUCAACAAUAUUGGGAUGUGAUCGGGAAACCUGCAAUGCCAGCUUAUUGGUCUCUUGGUUUUCAUCUAUGCCGUUGGGGAUACAAUAAUAUCGACAAUUUGCGAGCCGUUGUUCAACGAAUGCGUGCUGCCGAAUUUCCAUACGAUGUUCAAUGGACAGAUAUUGAUGCAAUGUCAUCUCAUCUUGAUUUUACCUAUGACCAAACAAAUUUCAAUGGUCUUCCAGAUCUUAUUCAUUCGUUGCAGUCUGAAGGUAAACACUACGUUAAUAUCAUCGAUCCGGGUAUCAGUUCCACACAACCAUCCGGUACCUAUCCACCUUACGAUGAUGGUAUGAAAAGAGCGAUUUUCAUGACUAAAUUUAAUUCAACGGAACCAAUUACGGGACAGGUUUGGCCGGGAUUGACAGUAUUCCCAGAUUUUACCAAUGCGAGCACUAUUGAAUGGUGGACAAACAUUGCUGCUACAUUUCACGAUAUAGUUCCAUUCGAUGGGAUUUGGAUUGAUAUGAAUGAACCAUCAAAUUUCAUCGAUGGUUCUCAAGAUGGUUGUACCAAUAAUUCAUUAGAUAAGCCUCCAUUUGUUCCAAAUGUGGUUGGUUCUUCACUCAGUGCAAAAACACUAUGUCCAUCUGCACAACAUGCACUUUCCUUCCAUUAUAAUUUGCACAACAUGUUCGGUUAUUUCGAAGCAAAAGCGACGAAUCUUGCAUUGCAAACAAUUCGUCAGAAACGAGCAUUCGUUUUGUCUCGUUCGUCAUUUGCUGGCUCGGGUCAAUAUACCGCUCAUUGGACGGGUGAUAAUCGCGCGACAUUCGAAGAUAUGUACUUUUCAAUUCCGGCCAUUCUUAGUUUCAACAUGUUUGGUGUGCCCAAUGUCGGUGCCGAUAUUUGCGGUUUCGGACUUGAUACUACUGAAGAGUUGUGCACAAGAUGGAUGCAACUGGGUGCAUUCUACCCUUUUAUGAGAAAUCACAAUGCUAUCGGUCAGAAGGAUCAAGAUCCUGCUGCAUUCUCUUUGACAACUCAACAGAUCAUGAAACAAGCAUUGCUAAUGCGAUAUUCACUGGCUCCAUUCUGGUACACUCUUUAUCAUAAAGCAGCGAUGGUAUCAAGAACUCUAGUGCAGCCACUCCAUUUCGAAUUUCCCAAUGACAACAACACACUUGGUAUCGACCAACAAUUUCUAAUUGGUAGUGCCAUUCUUGUCUCACCAAGUCUUGUUUCACAAACAACUACAGUACAUGCUUAUAUUCCACAAGAUGUUUGGUAUCAGUUUCCAUCGGGUGUCAAAGUGCAAGUUGCCGGUAUAUUUACGGAUCUUGAUGCUCCUUUGGAAAAAAUUAACGUUCAUGUUCGAGGUGGCUUUAUCAUUCCGAUGCAAAUACCAGGUGCCAAUUUAGUGAUGGGCCGUCAAAAUCCGUUUAUAUUACUUGUUGCUCAAUCAGCAGCAGGAAAUGCAAGUGGAAAUCUGUUUUGGGAUGAUGGUGACUCCAUUGAUUCGAUCGAAACCAAAACCUACAAUUACUUUGAAUUUUCACUCGUUUCGAACGCAUUGACCAUCCAUGCAAUCGUAACCAAUUACAAAGAUUCACCGAUGCGUUUGGAAAUUGUUCGAAUUCUUGGUAUUAGUAAAUUAGUGACGAGUGUAACUGUGAAUGAAAAAGAUUACAAGAACUUUUCCUACAAUAUUGCCGAUCAAAUCUUGGUCGUGGAUGGGCUCGAUAUGAAUAUGCUUGCUCAAUCGAGUCAAACAAUUGCAUGGACAACAACAAUUAAUUGA